CCCACGCUUGACCAUUAGUUCUUGAUACACUAACGAAUUUUUGUAAAAAUCCGGGUGAAAUAAGCCUAAAUUUAUUAAUCUGUGUGAUCUUGUGAUGAGAAAAUGCAACGAAAAGUUCGAAAACCCCCACGAUUCCCAGCACCACGGCCAGCAUCCACGGGGUCUACCUUUUACUCUACUGUACUCAAACAGGGUCGAAGACGUCGUGGUAAUUAUUUGCCUAGAGGGGAUUAUCUCACUCCAAAAUUCACGCCUUUACGCAUCCGUUACGAAAAGCGAGAUUUACUUAAUUUAGGACCUCAUCUACAACGAACUUUCAUGCAAUCUGCUCGGAUCCCCGACAUUGUGACUGAAGAGUAUGUUUGUGAGAAUAUUUCAACUGUCCAGAGAAUAUUUUUCCCCCAGAAUUAUUACCAUCCUUUGCAAAUAUGCCCAUUUUGUGGCUUUGUAGGGUAUAAUUUCCCUGCAGGACCCUCGCAAAUCGUCCCCGAUUACACUCAACUGUUUAUUGAGACUUUUGGGGAAUAUGCUUUUGAGCCAGUCUAUGAAAAUGUUCAGGUUCAGAACAACAUUGUUUAUUAUUAUUAUAUGCAACCCUACGGGCCUUAUGGCCCAUACCAGUUUUAUUACUAAGUUUUUUUUUACGAAAAUUUUCUUUGUACUUUUUUAGUU